CCUAUGGUGAGGUCAUAGCGAUUAGUCCAACACUUAAAUACGGAGAUGGCCAGUCGUCUCUGUUCUGUAGGAGACACCGUCACCGAUCCUCGUCAUCAGGGCACUAUGGUCUGGGAAUGCAUCUGGCAGCUCCUGGUGGCACUUCUCAUUAUGGCAUCGCCUCGAGUGCUUCUCGCAGACGACAGUGUGUGUUCCUCUGCAAGCGGUGUUAGCCUCUCGGGGAGCAGCUUCCGCAACCUUACGGGCCACUGGAUUACCAAGGCGGCUGUCAUCCGCAAAAGUAGACGAGAUAUCAGCGAGCAAAGGCCGCUGCAUUACGACAUCGACAUUACCAGUCAAAACUGUGGUGACGUCGAAAAGCUGACGACAGUUUUCACUGUUGUAGGUCAUCCUUUGAUAUCGAGUGGCUGCGUGAACUGGAGAGACGAUGAGCCCAAUUACGCAAAGUACCCCGAUUCUACAGAAGGCGAGGACAAUAUGAGUGUUUUUUAAGACGGAACCAUCAACGACGACAGGUGAAUGCGGAGAGGCUGUUUGUGUGCGAGCAGAGUCUGUAGUGCUUCUAGGGACUCACUCUUUCGUAUUCUGCCAUCAGCGGUGAAAUGGUGAAACUUCGACAACUGUGGCCGGCUGCAAAUUAUGGAAGAGAUAAACAGCGAGUCAGAUUUCUUUUUUCACCGAUAGGAGGAAGUUACAACGCAAAAUAUGAAAUAAAAAUGGUUUCUAUUUCUGUUUACAUUAAUUAUUCCUGUAAGGAGCCAAUGAGAACGUGUGUGGAACUUGCAUUCAUUAUCACUAUAAUUUGUAUCAAAACUCUCACGUUUAAAUUGACAUUUGGGUGUAUUUACCUCCUAUGUUAGAUUAAAAGUUUUAUUCCCA